UCUGAGCCUCUAGCUGAACAAUCCUCUGAAUAACGAAUGUCAUCACUCAUCAGACAUUGUCAAUUGUUGUCAAUAAUUGUCAUUCUGAAUAUUGAUUUAGAUUUUAGACCCGGUGAUUGGAAUUUUUAAAUCUAUCCCAAAGUUUUGCUUACAACUGAUUAAAUAUCUACAAGUUUCAGUUAACUAAACACUUAGGGAAUGAAGUUUUAAAACAAAUAAAUAUAAUAAGUAUUUACUAAUACCAUAUUUCCAGGGGAUUUCCCGCUGACUAUAGUUACCAGAAUUUUGUUAUAUUUUCCUGUUUAUUUUUAUCAUGUGUAGUUGCUUAAAUAUUGUGAAACUGAAUGAGUAAUAUUGAGAUUAAAGCGUUAGUACUGAUUGAAAAGUUUAAAAAAUGAAAACCGACAUUUGUUUUUCAGUGCAAAUUCCUUAUAAACUAUAUAAAUGCGACAGCGGUGGAAUUAAAUUUCAGUUACAUCCAAAUGUUAAUUUAACAGACCAUGAGGAAAACCCUGCUAUUUAUCUUAUCAAUAAAAAAUGCCCACAUGAAGAUCUAUAUGAAAUACUUCUUAAUUAUGCAAAUAGAACAAUUUAUAUAAAAACAUGUGAAAAUGUAAGGACAAGCCUACCAUUGCCAGGACAUUUGGUUGAGGCUAGUCAGCCAUUGAAUCUGUGGCUGACCUGGCAUGACAAAGAAAUAAGUAUGGGUGUUAUGAACGAGAAACCCUUUUUUGUUUAUCCUCGCAACAUAACUGGCGGAAAAGCUGCUGACAGUUUUGUUGGAUACAUUAAUUUUAAGAGAAAUUAUAAAAUUGAUUGGAUAGUUGAAGAAUCUCCACGGAUGUUCAAACCACUUCUCAACAGUGAUGUUGAAAUAACUGACGGCAACUUACGUUGGGUUAGUGUUGUAAACAAUCAUCUCCCGAUGGACGCAUUUAUUGGAGGCUUUGAAGGCGGACCCAUAUAUGUUGCAAGAGCUAUGUACGCAGGUUCAUUGUGUCCUGGAAAGUAUAUACCUUCACUUGGAAGAGCUUUUAUUGCAUGGGGUGGACAGGAAUACGAAAAACGAAACUACCAGCUACUUUGUGGUUAUAAUGCAAAAUGGGUAGCGUGUCGAAAUAAUGAAGUCCCAGAAAAUGUUUUUGUAGCUGGUAUGUCCGAAGUGAGGGAUGAACCUCUUUACAUUGGCAGAGCUAUGAUUGAUGGAAACUUGGUAGUUGGAAAAGUUCAUAUGCUAUACAAAACCUGCUACUUACCCUACAAUGGCGUAGAGGUCGAAAAACACGAAUAUGAGAUACUAGUUGACCUGUCUAUAAAGCCUAGGGGACGACUAUGUAAAAGAAUAUGUCAAAUUAAUCUUAGGAAUCCUAAUCAAACCUGUAUAUACUAAAUUUUAUUUGUUGUUUAUUUAUGGGAAAAUAUAUUCAUAUUAUAAUUAUA